AAUUUAAAUUUUCACCAUGAAGUUUUCUUGCCCAGUUUUCGUUGCAAUUUUCCUUUUGUGCGGAUUUUAUCGUGUUGAGGGGUCAUCACAAUGUGAAGAAGAUUUAAAAGAAGAAGCUGAAGCUUUCUUUAAGGAUUGCAAUGAAGCAAAAGCCAAUCCUGGUGAAUACGAGAAUCUCACCAAAGAAGAAAUGUUUGAAGAAUUGAAAGAAUAUGGAGUUGCUGACACAGACAUGGAGACAGUUUACAAACUUGUGGAAGAAUGUUGGAAUGAAUUAACAACAACGGAUUGUAAGAGAUUUCUCGAAGAGGCUGAAUGCUUCAAGAAGAAGAAUAUUUGUAAAUAUUUCCCAGAUGAAGUGAAAUUGAAGAAGAAAUAAAUUUUUAGCUUGAA